GCGCGCCCCAAGCUGGCCUCAGCGUCGGCGGGCGCCGAGGCAGUGACAUGCGGGAAGCCCGCAGCCCACGCUGGGGGCAAGGACGGGUAGCUAGCGAAGACUUCACCACAGCCCACAGGCCCCGGAGAGGGAAUUUGAGAGCCCAUGGGGGAGGGGCGGCGAGAGCGGGCGGCUCGCCGAGAGCGAGUUCCGCUCCGAGCGCCUCUCAGGGACGGAGGAGGGGCGCCAAGGCCCCCAUGUGUGGGAGGAUUGCUUCAGCUCCACAAACUUGCACGGAUUUCGGUUACUUCUUUGGCCAAUGGUUCUGCUCUGAUUUCUUCAGAAUUGUUGCAAAUUCGCCAUUGUUCCCUGGCUGCUUACAAAGUUGGAUCCGGAAUUUCUUUUCAACCGGGAGCCAUUGGUGUCGAAGUGUCUGCAAUGAACCCCGUGAAUGCUACUGCUCUCUACAUUUCCGCGAGCCGCCUAGUGCUCAACUACGACCCCGGAGACCCCAAGGCGUUUACAGAGAUUAACAGGCUCUUGCCUUACUUCCGACAGUCCCUCUCGUGCUGUGUUUGCGGACAUUUGCUACAAGAUCCUAUUGCACCUACCAACUCCACUUGCCAACACUAUGUCUGCAAAACUUGCAAAGGCAAGAAAAUGAUGAUGAAGCCUUCGUGUAGCUGGUGCAAAGACUAUGAGCAGUUUGAGGAAAACAAGCAGUUAAGCAUCCUAGUGAACUGCUACAAAAAACUCUGCGAAUAUAUAACACAGACUACAUUGGCACGAGAUAUAAUAGAAGCAGUUGACUGUUCUUCUGAUAUUUUGGCUUUGCUUAAUGAUGGAUCAUUGUUUUGUGAGGAGACAGAAAAACCCUCCGAUUCAUCCUUUACUUUGUGUUUGACACAUUCCCCUUUACCGUCAACUUCAGAACCCACGGCUGAUCCUCAAGCUAGUUUAUCUCCAAUGUCUGAAAGUACCCUCAGCAUUGCUAUUGGAAGUUCUGUUAUCAAUGGUUUGCCUACUUAUAAUGGGCUUUCAAUAGAUAGAUUUGGUAUAAAUAUUCCUUCACCUGAACAUUCAAAUACAAUUGAUGUGUGUAACACUGUUGAUAUAAAAACUGAGGAUCUGUCUGAUAGCCUGCCACCUGUCUGUGACACAGUGGCCACUGACUUAUGCUCCACAGGCAUUGAUAUCUGCAGUUUCAGUGAAGAUAUAAAACCUGGCGACUCUCUCUUACUGAGUGUUGAGGAAGUACUCCGCAGCUUAGAAACUGUUUCAAAUACAGAGGUUUGUUGCCCAAAUCUGCAGCCGAACUUGGAAGCCACUGUAUCCAAUGGACCUUUUUUGCAGCUUUCUUCCCAGUCUCUUAGCCAUAAUGUUUUUAUGUCCACCAGUCCUGCACUUCAUGGGUUAUCAUGUACAGCAGCAACUCCGAAGGUAGCAAAAUUGAACAGAAAACGAUCCAGAUCAGAAAGCGACAGUGAGAAAGUUCAGCCACUUCCAAUUUCUACCAUUAUUCGAGGCCCAACAUUGGGAGCAUCUGCUCCCGUGACGGUGAAACGGGAGAGCAAAAUUUCUCUUCAGCCUAUAGCAACUGUUCCCAAUGGAGGCACGACACCCAAAAUCAGCAAAACUGUACUUUUAUCUACUAAAAGCAUGAAAAAGAGUCAUGAACAUGGAUCCAAGAAAUCUCACUCUAAAACCAAGCCAGGAAUUCUUAAAAAAGACAAAGCAGUAAAGGAAAAGAUUCCUAGUCAUCAUUUUAUGCCAGGAAGUCCUACCAAGACUGUGUACAAAAAACCCCAGGAAAAGAAAGGGUGUAAAUGUGGGCGUGCUACUCAGAAUCCAAGUGUUCUUACAUGUCGCGGCCAACGCUGCCCUUGCUACUCUAACCGCAAAGCCUGCUUAGAUUGUAUAUGUCGUGGCUGCCAAAACUCCUAUAUGGCCAAUGGGGAGAAGAAGCUGGAGGCAUUUGCUGUGCCAGAAAAGGCCUUGGAGCAGACCAGGCUCACUUUGGGCAUUAAUGUGACUAGCAUUGCUGUGCGUAACGCUAGUACCAGCACCAGUGUAAUUAAUGUCACAGGGUCCCCAGUAACGACGUUUUUAGCUGCCAGUACACAUGAUGAUAAAAGUUUGGAUGAAGCUAUAGACAUGAGAUUCGACUGUUAAAUCAGUGGGUCUUUAAACCUACCUCUGGUAGGCAAAUAGCUACAGUUUUACGGCAGCUAUGGUUCUGUUGGUUUAACUUGCCGGAGCUCCUGCAUAUAGAUCACUUGUAUCAAGUGUUUUCAUUGCUAAGUUAUAUGUGUUAGUGUCGGGGAAAUAGUUUGCAGAUAAUGGAGGAGUAACCCUACAACUAUAUGUCCUUAGUUCUUACAGAACCUCAUAGUUUGAGAACAAAUGCUGAUGCAACUGAUUUAUACAAAAUGAACUUUGGCAAGGAAAAUAACAUUAACCUCAUUGUUUAUGGUCAUGCUUUGUGCAUAAUCAAAGUUUAUGAUUAAAUGUAAGGAAGUGGUAUCUAGUCAGUUCAUAAAGAUUGUGCUAAUUUUUUGUGGAAAAGUAGCCAUUAGUUUGUUCAGGAGACUCAGUGCUGCCUUCAGACGCCACAUUGACGUUUCUCCUGUUGAAAAGCUGAUGUGUCCAGCUCAACCUUUUUGCUGACAUAAUACCAUUUCUGAUCAUGAAAAUUGGCUACCGGUGUAUGUAGCAGUUCUUAAAUCAGCAGUAUUAUGAAAGAAAAUUUGCCCCUCAUUAGAAUGCUUAAGAAAUCUUUUAAAAGACUGAAAUUCUGUCAGACUACAAAUGUUCAGCUGUUGAUGCUACAAACUCUUCUGAGUUUAGCUUCCUUUUUAGUUAUGUCUGACUCAUUUCUAGUGAAAAAUCCUAAAUCCUUUCUUCACUUUGAGCAAUGUUCUAAUUGGAUAAAUGAAGUAGAGAAGAGCAGUUUUUAUUCUGAAAGUAUUUGAGUUUAGACUAUAUUAUAUGACAGAGUUUUUUAAAUUAUAAAAAGGUGUUAUUUAGAAAUUGGGAUUUAUUUAAAAUAAUUUUGGAAUAAUGCCCCCAAAUUUACCCAGAUUUAUAUAUUAUACGUAUUGCCAUUGGCCACUUUUGAUUCCCCCCUCCCAUCUAAUAGUUUAUUUGCCACAGACUUUUUAUUUUGAAUAUGCUCCUAUUUUUUUUAGGGUGCUAUUCAUUAUGAAGGCUUCUUUAUUGAGGCCUAAUAAAAAUGCCUUUUUAUGAAGCCUGUGCAUUUAGGUAUGUUUGAAACUAGAUUUUCUUUAGAAUGCUCUUUUGCAUGUAAAGCACAAACUAUGUUUCAGUUUAAAUGCACGCCUUCCCUUUUUUAUGGGAAGAUAAGUGAGUCACAAACAUUCUGUUGAAGGGAAAUCUAGUCAGUUGCUUGAAAGAGCACAGCCCAAGUAAAACAAGGACUGGCUAGGUGUAAAAAAAUAACCUUGUGAAUUUUUGAAAGAAGAGUUGCUGCUUUGACAGUACUUAUUUAAAGAAAAAUACUGCUGGAAAAGUUCCCAUUUCUACUACGUUCACCAUCUUUAGUGAGAUCUGACAUAUGUUGAAGUUCUGUUUUGAUUUGGCACACAGCAUGUUCAAUGAUGGUUACUCGCCUAGUACAAGACAUGGAGAAGAAACUUUUGGACACAGAGCAGAUGACACCUCCUUCUGUUUUGUAGUGUAUCCUGGUGUCAUUUUCUGUGAAUGUGGUCAGGUAGAAUUGUUUUUGUUGUUGUUGUUGGGCUUUUUUUUUUUCUUGGUCUCUUUUUUGGUGGGGUGGGGGUGGGCUAAAGCCAUAGGAAGAAAAAUGUGAUGUAUGUGUCCAGUAUGUACUAUUUUGUUUUUGUUUUGCAAGAAGAGUUGAACUAUUUUUGAUAACAAGAGUAAAUGGUGGAAAAUGCUUCUUAGUUGUCUUGUCUUUAUUUGCUUUCCAAGUUUUGGAAUUUUAUUUAAUUCCUUUUAAGUGUUAGCAGUGUCUUAUGAAACAUGUAUUUACCUAAAAGUUUGUAACAAUUUUGUGUCAACCAGAUACCCUGCUAUAUAAACUUGUAAAUCUGUUCUUUCUUCACUAAUGAUCACUGCAAAAAUGACUAGAAAUGAGAUUGUACACAUGGAUGAUUAGGGUAUAUUUUGCAAAUCUCCCAAACCUUCCUAAUAUUAUGAUCUUAAAAUUCAUAGAGUACUUUAUUGCUUCCCAGGUUUGAUACUCUUAGUUUUGUGUUUUUUUGAUGCAUGGGAGGUUGGCAAUAUAGACAAAGUGGAAAUUAUUAGUAUGUGAGGGCCUCGAUUGUUAUGUAAUAUUGCCAAUGAUGAAUUCAGGUUGUUUUUAGCACAAGUUUCUCUUUUUUAUGCUGGUAUUCUCACUGCCACAUUUUUGGAAACCUGUAUUACACUUUAAAUCUAUCAAUAAAUGAUAGUUUUCUAAUUCUA